AUGUCGAAUCUUUAUAUACUCUAUGAACAUGCAUCAGGUUAUGCAUUAUUUCGUGUUCGUGAAUUUGAAGAAAUUGGUAUGAAUUUACCACAAGUCGAAGCAAGUGUAGUUGAUUUAUCAAAAUUUGCUACGGUUGUUAAACUUGUUGCAUUUUAUCCAUUUCAAUCGGGUAUUAAUGCACUUGAUAAUAUAAAUGCAAUUUCUGAAGGUUUGGUUCAUGAUGAUCUUCGAACAUUUCUUGAUACAAAUUUACCAAAAGAAAAAAAACGUGCAAAAAUGAUUCUUGGUGUUGCUGAUCCUCGUAUUGCAUCGGCUAUCAAUGAAUUUUUUUCAAUAACAUGUCAACAUACUGGUGUUAUACCUGAGCUUUUACGAGGUCUUCGACUUCAUUUUCCAAAUUUGGUCAAAGGUCUUACAGAUCAAAAUCAAAAUAAAGCUCAACUUGGUUUAGGUCAUGCAUAUUCACGUGCUAAAGUUAAAUUUAAUGUUAAUCGUGUUGAUAAUAUGAUUAUUCAAUCAAUUGCUUUGCUUGAUCAACUUGACAAAGAUAUAAAUACAUUUUCAAUGCGUAUUCGAGAAUGGUAUGGUUAUCAUUUUCCAGAAUUAAUUAGAAUUGUUCCUGAUAAUUACACAUAUUCACGUGUUGUUCAUUUAAUGAAAAAUCGAAAAGAAUUUUCAAAUGAUCGUGAAGAAGAAUUAGAAGCAAUUACAAUGGAUAGUGGAAAAACAGCAGCGAUUUUUGAAGCAAUGAAAACAACAAUUGGUAUGGAUAUUUCACCAAUUGAUCUUAUUAAUAUUGAAUCAUUUGCUAAUCGGGUUAUUCAUUUAUUUGAAUAUCGUAAAAGUUUACAAGAAUAUUUACGAAGUAAAAUGGGACAAGUAGCACCAAAUUUAGCUGUGUUAAUCGGUGAUCAGGUCGGUGCUCGUCUUAUUGCUCAUGCUGGUAGUUUAACCAAUUUGGCUAAAUAUCCAGCAUCAACAAUUCAAAUAUUAGGUGCUGAAAAAGCUCUCUUUCGAGCAUUAAAAACCAAAGGUAAUACACCAAAAUAUGGUCUCAUUUAUCAUUCAUCACAUAUUGGCAAAGCAAGUACACAAAAUAAAGGUCGUAUAUCACGUUAUCUUGCUAAUAAAUGUGCUAUUGCAUCGAGAAUUGAUUGUUUUUCUGAAAUUCCAACUUCUAUAUUUGGUGAUCGUUUAAAACAACAAGUAUCAGAUCGAUUAAAAUUUUAUGAUAGUGGAGAAUUACCGGCUAAAAAUGUUGAUGUUAUGCAAUUAGCUUUACAAGAAGCUGAAACUGAACGUGAACAAAUUUUAUCAAAAGAAAAAAAACGAAAGAAAAAAGAGAAAAAACAUCGUAAAGAAGCUGAAGCUGCAGCAGCAGCAGGACUCGAUGAUAAUCAUACAAAUGGAAAAACUACACUUGAAGAAGCAGUUAACAAUAUGGAAGUUGCUUAA